AUGUUACGUUCCUUUAUUCCUACUUCAAGAUCUGUACUAUUGAGAUAUUCUCCAGUUCAAAAUUAUGUUUUGAGAUCUUCCGUAUGCAGAGGGCUAAUCAAUGCCGGUCAAAUCCAAUCAUACUCUCAAAAGGCUUCUGCCACUGCUACGAGUGCAUCCGAUAGCAAAGGCGGUAACAAUGGUGGUAAGGGUAAACUACUUCUCAUUUUAGGUCUAUUGGCAUUGGGUUCUAGUGUUGUUUCGUUAAGUUAUCAAAAGAACCCACCGGUAGCAUUUGAAGAGGGACCAGUUUCUGAUGAUAAGAAGAAGACACCUGCCUUCAGCAAGGACGAUGUAUUGGUUGUCUUUGUGCUUGGUGGUCCUGGUGCCGGUAAAGGUACUCAAUGUGCCAAAUUGGUAAAAGAUUUCGGAUUCGUCCACUUAUCAGCAGGUGAUCUCUUACGUGCCGAGCAAGCUCGUGAAGGUUCUCAAUACGGUGAAUUGAUCAAAAAAUGCAUAAAAGAUGGUGAAAUCGUACCACAAGAAGUCACUGUAGCUCUAUUGAAAAAUGCUAUCACUUCUAAUUACAACUCUAGUAACAAGAAAUUCUUGGUUGAUGGAUUCCCAAGAAAGAUGGAUCAAGCCAUCACUUUCGAAGAAGAAAUUGUUCCAAGUACUAUGACUUUAUUCUUCGAUUGUCCAGAGAAAAUCAUGCUUGAAAGACUUCUACAAAGAGGGAAAACUAGUGGAAGAAUCGAUGAUAACAUCGAAUCCAUUCAAAAGAGAUUCAAAACCUUCGUCGAAACAAGUGUUCCUGUCGUUGAAUAUUUCGAAAAGCAAAAUAAAGUUGUCAAAGUUAGCUGUAACCAACCUGUUGACGAAGUUUAUCAACAUGUCACUGAAGCUAUCAAAGACAAAAUUUCCAAAUGA